AUGCCCUUGCUCUGGCUGCGAGGAUUUCUGUUGGCAAGUUGCUGGAUUAUAGUGAGGAGUUCUCCGACCCCGGGCUCCGGGGGCCAUGGUGCAAACCCCGACUGCCCGUCCUGCGCGCUGGCCUCCCUCCCCAAGGAUCUACCCAGCGCCCAGCCCGAGAUGGUGGAAGCCGUCAAGAGGCACAUUCUCAAUAUGCUCCACUUGAAGAAGAGACCCGAUGUGAGCCAGCCGGUGCCCAAGGCGGCGCUCCUGAACGCCAUCCGCAAACUGCAUGUGGGCAAAGUGGGCGAGAACGGGUACGUGGAGAUCGAGGACGACAUCGGGCGCCGGGCGGAGAUGAACGAACUCAUGGAGCAGACCUCCGAGGUCAUCACCUUCGCCGAGUCAGGCACAGCCCGCAAGACGCUGCACUUUGAGAUCUCCAAGGAAGGCAGCGACCUGUCGGUGGUGGAACGGGCUGAGAUCUGGCUCUUCCUGAAAGUCCCCAAGGCCAACAGGACCAGGACCAAAGUCACCAUCCGCCUGUUUCAGCAGCAGAAACGCCCGCUGGGCAGCGUGGACGCGGGCGAUGAGGCCGAGGAGGUGGGCUUCAAGGGGGAGCGCAGUGAACUCCUGCUGUCGGAGAAGGUGGUGGACGCUCGCAAGAGCACCUGGCACAUUUUCCCGGUGUCCAGCAGCAUCCAGCGUUUGCUGGACCAGGGUAAGAGCUCCCUAGACGUGCGGAUUGCCUGCGAGCAGUGCCAGGAGAGCGGCGCCAGCCUGGUGCUCCUGGGCAAAAAGAAGAAGAAGGAGGAGGACGGAGAGGGGAAGAGGAAGGACGGAGGAGGAGGCGAGGGCGGCCCCGAGGAGGAGAAGGAGCAAUCGCACAGGCCCUUCCUCAUGCUGCAGGCCCGCCAGUCGGAAGACCACCCGCACCGCCGGCGCCGUCGGGGUCUGGAGUGCGAUGGGAAGGUCAACAUCUGCUGCAAGAAGCAGUUCUUCGUCAGCUUCAAGGACAUCGGCUGGAACGACUGGAUUAUCGCGCCCUCGGGCUACCACGCCAACUACUGCGAGGGCGAGUGCCCCAGCCACAUCGCGGGCACCUCGGGCUCCUCGCUGUCCUUCCACUCCACGGUCAUCAACCAUUACCGCAUGCGGGGCCACAGCCCCUUCGCCAACCUCAAAUCGUGCUGCGUGCCCACCAAGCUGAGACCCAUGUCCAUGCUCUACUACGACGACGGGCAGAACAUCAUCAAAAAGGACAUCCAGAACAUGAUCGUGGAGGAGUGCGGUUGCUCCUAG